GGGAAAGAAGAAGGGGCGGCGAAGAGGGAGGGGAAAUGGCGGCGGCGGCGGCGCUGCUGUCUGAGGGAAGCGGAGGAGGAGGAGGAAACGGCGGUGGCGGUUCUUCGGGGCCGAUGUCGGGCCACAACGGGUGCCCGGCGCCCGCUCCCGCGGCUUCCUCGUCGUCGCCUUCGUCGUGGACGCGGUCCCUGGAGCGUGCGCUGGAGGAAGCGGCGAGCAGCGGGGCGCUGGGCCUGAGCGGGAGGAAGCUGCGCGAGUUCCCCCGGGCCAGCGCCGCCCCGCACGACCUCGCAGACACCACACAGGCCGAUUUGUCACGGAACAGACUCACGGAGCUGCCUGCAGAAGCUUGCCUCUUUGUUUCCCUCGAGAGCCUUAAUCUGUACCAGAAUUGCAUUCGCUAUAUUCCAGAAGCCAUUCUCAACCUGCAGUCAUUAACAUUUCUGAAUAUCAGCCGGAACCAGCUCUCGACUCUUCCGGUUCACUUGUGCAGCCUGCCCUUGAAAGUUUUGAUAGCAAGCAAUAAUAAACUGGUCUCCUUACCUGAAGAAAUCGGACAGCUUAGACACCUGAUGGAGCUGGAUGUGAGCUGUAAUGAAAUACAGACAGUUCCGUCACAGAUCGGUAGCCUGGAUUCUCUGCGGGACUUGAACCUCAGAAGAAAUCACUUGGUACAUUUACCUGAAGAGCUUGCCGAGCUGCCUUUGAUCCGCUUAGAUUUCUCCUGCAAUAAAAUCACAACGAUCCCAGUUUGCUACAGGAACCUCAGGCACUUACAGACAAUCGCCCUAGAUAAUAACCCGCUCCAGUCACCCCCUGCACAGAUAUGCAUAAAAGGAAAAGUCCACAUAUUUAAGUAUUUGAAUAUGGAAGCAUGCAAGGUGGCACCAGAUCUUCCAGAUUACGACAGACGGCCAAUAGGCUUUGGCUCCUGCCAUGAGGAGUUAUACUCCAGCCGGCCAUAUGGAGCUCUGGAUUCUGGCUUCAAUAGUGUGGACAGCGGAGACAAAAGGUGGUCAGGAAAUGAACCAACAGAUGAAUUUUCAGACCUUCCUUUACGGGUGGCAGAGAUCACAAAAGAGCAGAGACUGAGAAGAGAAAGUCAAUACCAGGAACACAGAGGGAACACGGUUGUAACCAAUGGUGGAGUGGAACAUGAUCUGGAUCAGAUCGACUUUAUUGACAGCUGUGCCGCCGAAGAGGAGGAGGAAGAGGUGCGGCAACCCAAGUGCACGGAAUCAGACAGCCUUAGCUCACAGUUCAUGGCUUACAUUGAACAACGGAGGAUUUCUCAUGAGGGCUCACCAGUAAAACUAGUACCAAUCCGAGAAUGCCAUAGAUCAGAAGAUUCAAGAAGAUACUUGCACCAUAACAGGGAUGCAGAUGAGUUAAAGCGGCCCGAAAGUCUGAGCUUGACGCAUGACAGAGAGCGGCUGUUAAGGAACUACCUAGAUCGGGCGGAAAGAGGCUCCAAUGAUUCCUCUUCCACCCCGUUGCUGUCCAACAGUCACAAUCAGGUCUCUCACUCAGAUGCCGAUCUACACAAAAAGCGUGAGCAUUUAGUGGAGCGGACCCGGAGGGAGGCCCAGCUUGCUGCACUGCAGUAUGAGGAGGAGAAGAUGCGGACAAAACAAAUCCAGCGGGAAGCUGUGCUUGACUUUGUCAAACAAAAGGCAGCCCAGACUUCUCAGAAGCAAAGCACUCUGGAUAGUGAGUGUCCCUUUCCAUCCAGAAGGUCUCAGCACACUGAUGACAGUGCCUUGCUGGUGAACGGCUUUGAGCCUGUCUUAGUGUUUGAGAUUGACAGUAACACCAACACCAUUAAAAGGAGGCCGGGGACGCUCAACCAGAGUGAUGACAGAACCACCAUCUCACCAAAUUCACCUGCUUCUCAAACAGUCCACCUUUCUGCUCCGUAUCCUGGCCCUCCGGCUGCUGCGGCCGCUACUCCUCCUGCCUACAGAAAUCCUCCUCAGCGUCCUGAAAGCUUCCUUUUUCGAAAUGCUUCAAGAGAUGAGGCAACCAAAGCUAUUUCACCUUCGCCACCGGCUGCUGCAUCAGCACCAGCAAACAGCUCUGAAGACCCUUGUGAAAACCAUAGUUCCAAAUUGCGGGAAGAAGAAGCUGAGCUGAUAGAACAACUGCGAAAAAACAUUGAGUCACGGUUGAAAGUGUCCUUGCCCAGCGAUCUUGGAGCCGCUCUGACGGAUGGCGUGGUGCUUUGCCAUUUAGCGAAUCACGUUCGGCCUCGUUCCGUCCCUAGCAUUCAUGUCCCUUCCCCAGCUGUCCCUAAAUUAACAAUGGCCAAGUGUAGACGCAAUGUGGAAAAUUUCCUGGAAGCAUGCCGGAAGAUUGGCGUGCCUCAGGACAGUCUCUGUUCCCCUUCUGACAUUCUCCAGCUAAACCUCAGCAUUAAAAGGACAGUAGAGUCUCUUCUUUCUCUGGGGGCAGAUUCAGAAGAGCCCCGUCUUGUCUCCCUUCCCACCCAGCUUUGUGGCUUUGCGGCGUUUUACUGUGCUCUGAUGCUAACGCUCUGUGUGUUCUAUCGCUGGGUCUUUUUCCUCUAACUAAGGCUCAAGGACUUGUUCCAGCUCUUCCAAGCGGUUGGUAACUAGUCUGUGUUUCAGUUGGGAAUUCUGUCUGUGUCUGUUCCCUCUAACCCACCAGCAACCUGCUCUGCUUGAUAUGAAAAGGACCCCGUGGUCUAUAGUCAGCCAGCCAGUUUGCUGUUAGCUAAAUAUUCCAGAAAUCUAAAAGUUUCACACUCUUAUAUGACUGGAAUAUUGGCUGAAAAUGGAAGAAAAGGGCUCUGUACACAUUUAUUUAUUCUAACUGCAAAGCUCUGGAUAUUUUUGUAAAACAAGUGCUAGUUGUUUUGGGCAGUAUAGACCGUCAUGGAAAAAGUGAUGUUUAGCACGCUUGAGAAAAGUGGGAUAUUACCUUGAAGGAAAAUCUUCCUCAUGUUGAAAUGUUGCAAUUCAAACCUCCUUUAUUUUCUUGAAAAUUAAGAUUUUUUAAAAUGUUUUUUUUUCAAGUUUGGAAUCUCUCCACCAAAAUGUGGAGAUUGCUCAGGAUUUUUCAAAAGCCUCAAGCCUAUAUGUCAGUGAUCUUACUUUGUGGCAUCCUCAAAAACCGCCAUGCAAAUUUCCCAAGAUUCUUUCCAGUUUCGAGAGCAUCACUAUGUCUGCAAAGCAGGCUGCGUUCUGUAGGGAAAAAGAAGAUGCCUUCAGGGUCAGUACAGACGUUCUUCUGAUAGGCUUCACCACACAAAUAAUUCCCCACCUCUGAGUGGUCUUCAUUAAAAGAGAAGGGCUCAUGGAAGUUUACUUUUCCUCUUCCUGGGUAAGAAAGAGCACAUGGUGGGUUUUGUAACCAUGAGAAGUGAUCUUUAUGAGUCCCUUCAGUCAUUUUCAUAGGUGGCUGGUUUGAGAAAAUACUUGGGCCAGCCCAGGUAUUGCCUACAAAAGCUCUCAUCAUUGGCUUCAACUACUAUUGACAUAAAACAUUGGAGAGAAUAUCCCUUGGCCUCAUAUUUUCCUAUAUCUUCAAACUGUGCCUCUCACCAUCUUCAUACAAAUACAGCAGUGCCACUUUAAUAUGGGUGAUAUUUUCCCAAUGUUGUGGUUUCUUAGUAGAUCUCAACCCAAGAACAACCUCAGGCAGCUUUUCUAGAGCCAAUGCACUUCUUGGGUGUUUUAGACUUGAAAGAUUUAUAUUCUUUUUUUUAAAAAAAACAGCUGCAGUUGAUAAAACCCUUACCUUUCUUCUAGUUUCCCAAUUAAUAGACAGUAAUAUUCUAGGAACCGCACUGUAGCUAGAACGGCUAUUCCCGUAUCUGUAAUUUAUUUAUCUACAAACUAUGAGGCACUUUGAUGAAAUACUUAGACCCAACAUACCACAUAGGUAGUAAAUUGGGUGGGACUUUUUUUAACUACAUCACAAGCUGGGAUCCAAAGCCAUCUUUUAGUGCUGAACCUAAAAGAGAGUGGAGGAGAAUAAAAUGAGUGAGGAAAAUAAGUAAACACACAGAGAUUCUGACUAUUGGAAAUCCAGGUUCGUCUUCUUUGGCCGUUAAGGUAUUGCCCUGUUUUGUCCCAGAAACAGCCUUACAGCGAGGGUCAAAGCAACUAAAAAUCUUAACAAAAUAAUAAUACUCUAACAAACAACAGCAAAGGAACAGAAGGAAAAUCCCAAAAGCAAAGCAAAACUCUUACAUCAGACAUGAAACCAGAGUCUUUGGCAAAAAGUCUUUGUGAGGCACUUGCUGGAGCGGCAAUCAAGAAAACCGGAGCACAGAAGCACUAAGUAGAACUGUAUCUGUACCAGCAUUGACCACUAGCUUACCCCUGUUUUAUAGCCCUCAGCUCCCAGCAUAGGUGUUCCUAAGGUGAGGUCUGAUUGCUCAGCGUCCUUGCAGCAACCUCACUACCUCUGAGGAUGCUUGCCAGAGAUGCAGGCGAAACGUCAGGAGAGAAUACCUCUAGACUAUGGCCAUAUAGCCCGAAAAAACCUACAACAACCCAACUCUAGAUGACUUUCCCCAUUUUUCUUUCACCCUUCGGUGUUCCUGAAACGUAGGAACUGGCAGUAUGUUUUCCUUGUCCUCUUUUUCCUCCUCAACACUUGGCCCCAAAUCCCCAACUCCUACGUCUUCCGCUUCCUAUUCUACCUCCUGCUCCUCAAAAGAGAAGUACACAACAGGUAUCACCAGAAAAGAUCCCAAAUGCUUCUCACUCCCUUGAGAACUGGGAACUUGAUUUUUUUUUCAGAACGUCAAGUGUAGAAACCCUUCUCAUAGCAGGUUCUUUGCUUACGCAGGUGUAUUUACUUAUGCAGAAUACAAAUUCUGCUUUUAUCAGCACUGAUAUGAUGAACUCAUCUUCGCCCUGCCAUCCCAAUUGCCCUCUUGAUGCUGUAUAGUUUAUCUAGCUCAGGUAUAUCAGCCAGGUUGUUGCUUUGGCCUUUUCCCCAUGCAA